UUCUAAAAGAUAGCACAAAAUUAGAAGUUGCAUUUUGCUAAAUAUUGUAGAAGUCUUAAUUUCAAAUUCUAAAUUUUUUGUAUCCGCAAUACUUGGCUUCAAAAGCCAAAAGGAUAGUAACAUGGAGUCUAUAAACAAAAAAUUUGCAAACCUCAAGCAUGUAAAAAAACAAUUGCACAACCGUAGAAUGAAGAAAGUUGGUGCUGUUAGUGUUUGUAAUAAUGGAGAAUUUAAAAUAAAGCUAGACAUACAUCCCGAAGGUGAGGAAUGGACUGAUUUGACUGAUAGCUCGGCGGACUCAGAAGACUUGGCUCAGGAAGCUUUCAUACAAUCCAUGCGAAAAAUUCGCGAAAAUGUCGCCAAUCAUCCUGAGGUGGAGUAUCUUAACAACAUGUUUCUUGAAAGUCAGAAAGAAUGGCCUAUGGAGAUAUCCCAACCGGAGAACAGGGAGGUCUAGCCUUGGGAGUUGCUUGAAGUGAGUUGUCAACCAAAGCUUCAUUGACUGUCCGUUGUGUCAUUUGAUCAGUUCCUAAAGAGAUUUCUUUUGCAUAUAAAAAGCUACCAGUCUUGUCUAGAUUAGCUUGGUUCAGGGUGCAUUAAAUUUAAUAAUUUCACUUUAUUUCGUUAAUAUUAUUGAGAAGCUGCUUUAUGCCUUAUUUAAAAAUUAUU